CUGCCGGAGCAUGGUAGAAAGCUGUUGAGGGAUGAACAUUUCAGUUGAAGAAGAUGCAGAGAAGUGAUCGGAGGUGAGAAGAGAUAAAGUGCGAUGCUAUGAAAACGUACACCCAUCCAUCUACUUGCUACGCUACAAAGGACACAAUGUACCGAGGGUAGUUGGAAGAUAGAAAAAAAAAGAAGAAAAAUUUUAACGUAUAUUAAGUGCGCAAGAUCUCAACAGCAUUUUUUAUAUUCUUUUUACAUAAUUUGAAAAGAUGUGGAUAAUUUUUCUCCAGAGUGUGCUUAUUUGGACAGUCUGUGCAGAUGACAUUCUUGAUGUUGAUUCAAAUACAAGUGAACUUUCAACAGAUUAUCAAAUAAACACUGUUAAUGAGGACUUUUAUACACCUUAUGAUGAGAGGCCAUCAGAUAUGCCUUCCAGCCGACGGGCAGGACCUUUCUACAAGAGGCGGCCCUAUUCGAAUCCCAUGCCGGAAUGUGCCUCGCAGCAAGUGUGCAAUGCCGUCUUCAUGAGGCUAAAGUUCGUCCAGCCUUUGUGUCGAUGUGCCAGCGCGAUGAAAAGCCCCUGUUCGACGAGGAUGCACCCGAAUGACGGACACACGGUCAAUCUUUUGGCAGAUAAAGACGGACAGAAAACACAAACACUCAUCAAAGUUUGUGAAGAUGUGGAUUCAGUCAAAAUGUGUCAAGAGCCUCAUGAUUGGAUGUUACUGGCGCUACAGAAUGUGCGAACAGGAAAAGCUCAUUAUUUGGUUGUGUGCAAAUGCCCCACCUAUGGUAUAAUGGAAGGACCGGUACUGCAUACACAACCACCAUAUGCGAGAAUACCAGGAAUUAGUGUUUAUGGUAUGCUAUGUGUUCAAGGAAGAAAAAGUCGACUACAUAAAGAAAAUUUCCCUGAAGUUCCAUGGAAUAAAAUUUUUGAAGUAUAUAACUCUACUCUCACACCAAGGAAUAACAGAAUGAGAAGAGAGUUUGGACAAUGAACAACAACGUUUCAAUAGAAAAGAAGUAAAACUUCCAAUGAAAACAAGAAAAUACUGAAAUUGCACUUUAAUGCAAGAAAAGUGCUUACAAUAACUUUGAAAGAAAAGUUUCCAAGAUUUUUAAAAAAACUUUUGCAUCAGCAAUCAUCAAAACUAUAUGGGAAAAUGGAAUAAUAUCAUCCAGAUUUCUUUAAAAUGUCAUUUACCAGUUUCUAUGGUAAAUAAAACUAGAGGUUAGCACAAGCCUAACAAUCAGCAGCCAGUUGCUAACAUUUGCUUAAAAAUGUGCUUUAAGUUAUAGUUUUGAAAUUAAAUUCAUAUAUGAGAUACAUUUCAAUAAAGUUGAAACGUUUCCAUAAUUCCUUAAAAGCAUGUGAUGUAGAAGAGAUCUUCACCUGAGACUUCUAAACCCAAUAUGUGAAUAUUUUUAUGAUGUGAAGAAGUUGCUACAACAAGAUAAUGCAUAAUAUUCAAAUGCCAUAAACUAGCAUUUCAAAUAUUAUGUGUACAAGUAUACAGAUUUAUAAUAAACUAAAUUAUUUUGUAAUAAAACUAUAAAAAUUUCAGCUUUUAUUACAAAAAAAA